AUGGCGAUCUGUACUUAUAACGCACGUACGCUUGCAUCGGAACCGGCCAUCGAAGAUCUGAUGAUGCAAGCCAAGAAGAUCAAGUACGACGUCAUCGGACUGACCGAGACGAGACGACGUCACCCUCUCAACGCCGUAUAUGAAACUGGAGAAGAACUGUUCUUAGGAACAUGCGACAGUAGAGGUGUUGGUGGAGUUGGCGUCCUCGUCAACACGAGUAUGGCAAAGAAGAAGAGAAGAUGUGGCCCAAUACCAGCUUUGACUAUCUUCUUCUGA